AUGAACUCCAUCACACCAGAAGCUUCUACCAACAUCACAACUCAAUCCAACUGGCAAUUGGACAGUAUUAAUAAUCCUUUGUUCUGCAUCAAUAUCUUGUUUGGUCUUCCUACACACUCCUAUAUCAUAUGGCUCAUCGUCACAGGAACAGGAAGUGGAGUUGCAUCAGAGUUCUUCAACCUCAAUAACUCUUUUUGUGAGAUUGGUAUCUGUGUGGAUUUUUUGAUCUUUAUAUUGUCAAGUUAUAUUUCAAGUGUCUUUCCAUUAGCCCUGUGUUUACAAGGACUUUCCAUCACUGGUCGUCCUCUGUUUCAGUGUCUGAUCUGUGUUGAGCGUUACCUGGCAGUGGUUCAUCCUGUAACCUUUCUGAAGUUCAAACCUCUCAGAUAUAGAGUGAUCUGCUGCACUGCGGCCUGGAUAAUCACUCUUGGCUCUUGUUUGAUCUGCCUGAUCAUAUUAUUAUUAUCUACCAUGGCUGUGCAUGCAUGGUUUUUCUCAAUUCAGUUUCUACUCCAUCUCCCCAUUCAAUUAUUUUGUCUUGUGGCUGUUCUCAGAGCUCUGAAGCAGUCAGGACCAGGAGAGAGAAUGAGAGAGAGAGAUGAGAAAAACCACAUGAAGAGAAGAGCAUUUAAUAUCAUUGUAAUAACUACAGUGACCAUGGCUAUUACAUAUGUGCCAAGUACUAUCUCUGGAAUCUUUACCUUUCUAACACAGCGGUUUAGUUUGAUAUUUUGGGUUCCUUCUAUGAUUUGUUAUCUACUGGCUGGGUUUGUUCAGCCUGUUCUUUAUCUGCACAGGGUUGGAAAACUCUACUGCUUCUGUUCUCUAUAAAACUUUUAUUAAUGAAUGAGAUCUUUUAAAAAUAUAUCUAUUUAUUAAUUGCAUUUGUCUUUUAAAUAGCUGU